AUCAAUGUAAAGACACUUUCAAUUGAUAGCAAAUGUACUGUAAUUCAAAGCAAGUUGGUUUGAGAAACUGUCAUUGUGAAAAUGAUAUCUUCUUAUGCAGACAAAAUCAGACAGACACAUGGCUUUGCCAAGGAGAAAUGCAGGACGUCAGAGUACGACCGAAUACUCCAUUCUCUCCAAUCUGGUCUCCCCAACGAAGUGGACUUCGCCAUCAACAUCUGCACGCUGCUCUCCAACGAAGGCAAGCACGUCAUCCACUUGGAGAAAGCACCCAUGUUCAUUGACCUACUGCUCGCACAUGCAGGCAUCUUCUAUGAAGGACCUGGAAGUUUGAGGAAGCUAUACGAAGAAGACUGGGUGGAGAAAACGAGAAGAAAAUUUGUACAGUUCUGGUAUGACACCAUCAGUGACAAAGAAGUCAGGGAGGUGAUCGGUCCAGGAUCUAAAAAACCAGAAGAUAAGCGACAAUACAAGGAUAUCGAGCUGUUUGCAGUUAGGAAGAUGGGUCUUUCUGAUGUAGAAGGCCAAAGGAUACUACAGAUUGCAAUCAUCUUCAGGAACUUGUCAUUUGAAAGCCAUCACAUAAGCACCAUGGCUAGUCACCGGACACUGUACAGAUUUUUAUUACUCCUGGCACAUAACUCCUGCACAAUGCUACAACAACUGGGCAUGGACACACUCACUAAUAUAUGCAAUCAAGUUGUCCUAGAUUCCAUAGAUUAUGUCAGUACACAACUCAUGCUACAUACUAUCCAUAAAGGUCUACUUUCACAAGCUGACAAGUUUGUCACCCUAAGAUCAAUGGAGCUUAUAGAGAAGCUGAUGAUGGUCGACAACAACCUUGAUCUGUUUCAACGCUGCAUGGAACCAACCAUCUACGUCAAGAUAGUCAACCUCCUCACCAUACACGACAUACAGCUUCUUCUGGGGGCGCUAGAGGUUAUGUUGGUCAUGUCGGAGAGGGAGGAGCCCUUCUGCACGCGUCUAUCGAGCGUCCACCAUAGCAUAGAUGUACUGGUAUGCCUGAUAACAUUGGAUGCCCAGUCAUUAGGUGCUGAUGCCUUCCUAGGGAUCAAGAUCGUUGAUCACGUACCAGAUGGUAUCCACCAUCCCAUCGUCACUAUGGGUAAACCAGGGGCGACGCCCAACAACCCCCCUCAACCUCCUGCCAAGCUACAGACUCCCCCAGCUGCCCAUCUACCAAGACCUCUAGUGCUGUCAAACUCUUCAGCUUCGCCCACCCCACCCCCACCAGCCCAGGGAGGCCAACCAAUAAAGGAUGCUGAUAUGGAAAGUUUAGCCUGUCAGUGGUUGGGCGCACAUUACGACAUAGACCCUGAGGCUUCAAUCACUAACAUAGAUCUCUACGCAGAGUACCUCUCAGCCUGUGGUAAGAUCAUAGGCCGGAACAUCCUCAACUCAAACGACUUCAUGCGAUGUGUCAAGAUUGUCUUCCCUGCGGUGGAAGGCAAGAAAACAGACAGUGAGGCAGGUCCUCAGUUCCUGAUUGCUGGCAUCAAAAGAAGGCGUGUCCCGUUACCAUGGAAAUGGCAACCAAGCCAGAGUGCCCCCUCCCCUGGUGGUAAUAUGACGGCUUCAGCCAUGAUUGCCAGAAUGGCUCAAAGACACUCUCCAUCUCCUACAGUAUCACCAAGCCCUCCUCCCAAGGGUGGCACCUUUCAUCAAGGUAUGCCUCCGGGUGUUCCCCCUGGCAUUCCCCAAAGACAGCUUGUUGCACCUCCUUCUGGACUCCCUGCUGUUCAGCUGCCCGGUCAGGUCCAUGGACAAAUACCAGGACAUAUCCACGCACCAGUGAUGCAGUCUCAUCCUCCAAGCGGGCAAGGACCAACUCCUGGACAGAUUCUUGGCCAAACUGGACAACUGCCAUCUCAGAUACAGAUUCAUACAUCGAUGGGUGGUCAAGUGAGCCAAGGGGGGCCAGUGAUGACUCCUAGAGCGAUUGUCCCCAGCACGCUGGCACAAGCCAUGCAACCGCAAGUUGUGCCACAACCACAAGUAAUGCAGCCUCAGAUGGGACAGGUUCCUCAAGGAACUGUUGCAGGGUCUCUUCCGGGAUCUGUUGCUGGGACUCUUCCAGGAGUUUUGCCUGGAACUGUGCCAAGUAUAGGACAAAAUCCUCAACAGGGAAGCUAUACAGUGGGUGGGAAUCAGAUACAGCGACCUGAAGCAAUGCAGCAGCAGUUACCCCAGGGAGCACCACUGCAACAACCAGUACCACAAUCAUCUCAGGGAGAAAAUGUCAGUGUUGCAGAUAUCGUUGCAGGGAACAUGAGAGUCCCUCAGCAGCAGUUGAACUUUGGCUUGCAACAAACCAAUGGCAAGCCUCUUAAUGGACAAAUGGGCCCAGCUCAAUCAGUAAAUGGACCUCAGAAUUACGUUGGAACACCCACAGCAGUGUCAUCAAAUCCUUCUGCUGUGCCCAGUGGUAUUGUAUCGCAAGCUGAAAUUACGAUGCCUCCUCAAACAAACAUGAGUGUUCCAUCGUCUACACAUCUGCAGGAGCAGAGUGAAGGAAUAUCUGCUCCAACAGGAAACGGACAACACCAUAUUCAAUCUGAUACAAAUUCAGAGUCAAGCAUUGAAUUGAACUCUAAAAGCAGGAGCAGAAGCCGAAACGGUAGUGGGAAAUCAGCGAAGAAAUCCCCAUCAAGACAAUCAAGUAAGAGUCCAAGCAGAGGAUCUGGAGGAGCGGAGAAAUCUCCUAAUCCUUCUGAUGAGGAUGCAAGAACUGAGAAGUGCAAACCCCCUCUCAAAGUUCCACUGCCAGAUGGUGAGGUUAGAAUAGAAAAGAUUCCUAAUAUGCAUGCUGUCGGGGUGGAGGAUGAUGAUGAGGAUGCUGAGGACAGGACAGAUCUUGCAGAAGGUAUCGUUCGCCAGAUUGCAGGCUCCCCCGUCCUCAACCAAAGUUCCUGCAGCAUUCCAAUGGAAGAAAAUGAGAGCAUGAUGUCUGAGGCAGAAACUGUAGAGGAUGAGAGAUCUCAGACACCGAAGAUGAACGGGGAGACGUCAACACCUGAUCUGCCUCAACCUCAGCAGAUGCAAGGUUUGGUUUCAACUGUCCCAGAAUCUGUUGGUAAUAGUCAAGCAGGUGUCUUUAGCCAACCACAACAGCAGACAAAGGCACAGGUUACCCAACAAUUUCAAAUGGCCAAUAGCAAUAAACAACCAGCAACUAGUGGAAUGGCGACACAAGCUCAACCACAGCAACAGUAUGUUAUUCAACAGCAGAUUCCCGCACAGGCUGUAGUCUCCAGAGGUGUUGUCAAUGUCCAGAUGCACGGUAACCAGGCAGUGCUGCAGACUCAGGCUGGAAAUAUGGUUCAGAGUCAUCCAGUGACCAUGUCAGCAGGAACCGUGGUUGCAAACUCGCAGGGUACAGUCUAUCAGACCCAAGGUGGCAGCUAUGUGCAAGUUCAACCACAGAUUCAAAUGCAAGGCCAUCAAACGGUCAUUCAUAACCAGACAAACUUCCAAGGACAGCAGUUCCAGAGUCAAGUGCCUCUGCAAGUGACGUUAGUACAGCAGCCUCCGGGACAAAGUCAGGGUCAGCAGCAAGUCCAGCAGCAGCAGGUCAGUGUGGUAACAGGUGUCCAACAUCUUCAACCUGGCCAGACAAUGAUCAUGACCAACACCAACAGUAAACAACAAGGAAACUUUGCCCAGGCUACCAUUCUCUCCCAGACUCCUGGACAGCUUGUGGUGCAGAAUGUAAGUGCUCCUCCUAGAAAUGGCCCAAAGCCAAUUCUACCACAGCCGCCACCUGUUUCUACUAUGGCUCAGGCACCAAGAGCUAUUUACCCACAACCUGCACAUUUUCAUGGAACUCAGAAUAUUCAGUUCGCACAACCCAUUCAGCCUCACCAGGUCCAUGCAACAAGUGUCGCGCAGGUUCAAGGGAAUGCUCAAAAUGUGCAGAUAGCACGCUUUCCAGGUAUGCAGAGAUUACAAGGCCCCCUGAGCCCUACAAACAGAGAUUCUCCUCUCAUUAAACGGUUGCUUCAGCAAGGACCAGCUCUUCAAGCCACCGGUGGACAGCAGCAGCUACAAGUGAUACAGCCUCAGCAGGGACAGAUAGUGCUAAAUGCCAUUGGGCAAUCACAAGGUGCUCCUAUGACUGUUCAAACUCAAGGUCAGACUAUGCCUUUGUCCCAUGUCCAAGUGGUCACCCAGUUCCCUCAAGGAAUGACUGUCCAGUCAUCUCCAACCAUUGGAAACAUUCCGCAGAUCCAGCUUCAUCACCAACCCAUCCUGCCGGCCCCACCAGGCACCACAAGCCCCAAUGUCAACAUGAAGGAUACAAAGUCCAAGAAAAACAAAUCAAAACAUAAAAAGAAAGACAAAGACAAGGACAAGGAACGCGAGAAGAACAAAAAUGGAAGUAUGAAGAAUGAUCAGAACAAAGUCCCUGAAAGCCAAGUGGCUGCAAACGGUGAGAAGGACAGUGGUAAAGGUGGGUAUUCAAUCAAUGUGAUAUCGGAGGAGGGUGAUAAGAAAGUUGUAGGGGUUGUUUGCAAUGGCUUGCCUGUACCUGUAGGCACAAGGAUGGAUUCCGGUGAAUGCAAUAACUCAGUAGAUUCUCCGAAUCAAGACACCCCGACUAAGCAAGGACUGCCUAAUGGUUAUAUGAAUGAUAAACUUCAUAGUGGGAUAAAACUAGCCAAGGAUGGCAUCGCUUCCAAAGACAUUGAAUCUCUCUUGAAGAAAACCCCUCAAACAAUUGGCGAUAAAGUAGACAGUGUGGUGGAACAAAUGAAAAGGGACAUGUCUUCUUCAGCGGAAAAUGGCAUCCUCGCGGAUAAGUUGGGAAAACCAGUUUUAAAUCAUGUGUUAAAUGGUGAUAUGGGAUCACACGCAGAACCCUCUUUGCUCAAAGACAAUUAUGAUAGUAAUAAAACUGUGAGUGACAGACUCGAUAAGCUCCUACAUGGAGCAGUACCAAACCUUAGCCAACCUAACAUUCCAAAUGCCAGUACUCCUAACCCCAAGUCUCUCGUGGCUUUCUGCCACGAGAUCCGCCCCAGCUUUCCCAGUACCGUGCCUUCCGUCACUGUCGGUGCAGUGGCCAAUGCUAAUAACAACAACCAGCAAACUUCAUGUCAGUCAGUGCCUCUCUCCACCUCGCUGUCUGGUGACACCCAGACAAGUUCCGCGGCCUCAAACAGGACUCAAAGCUCAGUCGACCCGACGAGCAGUUCCGAGGCAAGGAUGACCACUUCUUCCUCACAAGUGGCGACAUCUGCCCCUCUAGCUUCAACUACCUCAACGCAAUCUUCCUUGCCUCUGCCGGCGCAGCAGCCACCUUCUCCGUUAACUGUGCAAGUAUCUAGCCCUUCCACUGCCUCCCCAUGCUUCAAGCGACCCAUCGAUGACGUUCUGUCAUCACCAGACCCCAAGCAAUCAACAAACCCAGCACCCUCACCGACAACUCCGGCUCCUACACCGCCUUCUCCAUCAACACCCCGUUCUGGUAAGAAGAGGAGGCGGCAUUCGUCGUCGUCAUCAACUUCAAGUUCAAGUCGGAAGUCUGGUAGUGUUAGCGGGAAAUCAGCACCUGCGGUUCAGAAGUACAUCUGCGAAUGGAAAGGAUGUUGUAGGAAGCUUGUGUCUGCCAAGGCUCUCCACACUCAUACGUGUCUGGCCCAUGUCCUGACAAUCAACUACAGGGGUAUCUGUGAAUGGGAUGGAUGCGAUCGUAUUCAGAGGCAACGUUGGUCUGUUGUUAGCCACAUUAUGGAGAAGCACUGUUCUGAGCAGGCCAUCCAAGCAUCAAUGGACAAGCGAGCUCAGCGUGCCGCCCAGCCAACUCCCCCGCCUUCACAAGACUCCUCCCCUCAACCUCCUCCAAUCAUCUACAACGCACACACUGCAUACCAUGCAAUACGAAGAAGCCUCAAUACUCCCUCACUCAAUGAGUUCUUGGGUGAAAAUGAAGGCCCUGUCACAAAGAGUAUACGACUGACGGCAGCUCUUAUCUUGAAGAACAUUGCAUCGCAUUCAGCUUUAGGAAGAAGGGAGAUCCGAAAACAUGAGCUCCUACUGGCUCGCCUGGCUAUCAGCAACACGGAAUCAUCCACAACGUUAGCCAAGUGCUUGAACAAACUGGUUAUGGACUCGUGACACCAGCUGAGCUUCCAGGAAGGUGAAGAACAUUGAGACAGUCUGGAUAUGUGAUCAAACAAGCAACUCAAGUAUUCUUGAUACUGCAGAAGGUGUUGUAGAUCAACUGCUUGAAGAAUAAGUGACAACUUGUGAGGUGGCGGAUAUCUGUUGGGAGGACACCUGGGCACAACUAGUCUAGAAUGCUUGAUGGUGUAGAAGGUCUUUGUAGAUCAACUGCUUGCUUAAUGAGUGACAACUUCUGAGGUUCCCAUCUGAGUACAACUGCCCUAGGAUCUUUGAUACUGGAGAAGUAGAUCAAUCAUGUGAAGAAUGGGUGACAACUUCUUAAGUGGCCAAAGAAUGCUUAGGGGCUAUCUGGCACGACUACUCCAGAAGCUUUGAUCCUGAAAAUCAAUUGCUUGAAGAAUAAGUGGCAACUUCUGAGGUAGCUG